ACUUGGAGACACUCAAGCAGCAAAAAUACGUGGCAAGGAUAUUAGAACGCAACUACAAUGACGUCACGACCGCCAUGCGGCAUAAUCUGGAAUAUUCUGGGGAAAAUUAUAUGAUCAAUGACAAAAAGAUAGAAAAGUACUAGAUUCAAACAGAUUCAAAUAUUUUUCGGAGCGUUACGGAACAAGUCAUCGCAAUCAUCAUCCACACAUCCACAGCACAGAAGAAGCUGCGUGUUUCUAAGAUAGUACAGGAAUAACGCGAAAAAUUAAAACUGCUUUUAAAAUAUAUAAAUCAAUUGAUUUGCAGAUAACUCUUAAUCGAUCAUCAUGGAUCUGUCUAUCAAUAAAAUCCAUCACAUUUUGUUGGAUGCUGCAUUACCAUCAACUAUUGAAGAUCUCAAAAAUCCAAAAGAAGAUUAUAUUGUGAAUUUGUUGACAGUAUUCUUAUCACGAUUUUGUAUCGAGGUAAACUUAAUUAAUCAGCCACUUCCGGAACAACACAUUGUUAUGACACAUUAUGAGGAUUCUGAUUUAAUCAAUCUGAUAAAUUUACAUACAAUUGUGACACAAAUAUUUGAUAAGAUAUUUCUACAUGAUUUUUGUUUUACUGAUAUCACUAAUCCUGGACAAAAACGACUUAAAAAACAUGCAAAAUUUCUUUCUAAUUUUGUAUUGUACACAAUGCACAAAAAGCCAGAAUAUAAUGAUAAAAAUGAUCAAAUUGAAGCUACAUCAAGGCUAUUAGAAGAACUAAAAGAAAGAAAUUUUCAAAUUGUGGAGUCAAUUAAUGAUAAAGCUAAGCACAAAUCAAAUCAGUCAUCUAUGAUAAAGAAACUGGAGAGUGAUAUACAUCAUAUAUCAACACAAAUAGAAAAAAUUAAUAAAAGUGAAUUACAACUUGAAGCAACGAAAAAUGAAGUACAAAAGAAAAACCAGAUUGCCAAAGAACAAUGUGGAUCUGUUAAAACAGCAAUGGGAAAAUUGUCCAAGGAGAUAGCUGAAUUACAGUCAGAAAUUGUAUAUUCACCAGAAGAAUAUCAAUCCCGUUUAGAUGCACUCAAAGAACAAAAGAAAUUAAAAUUAGAAGAACGUGAUAUAAUACAGGAAGCUAUUCAGGAAAAGAAACAAUCCAUAAAGCAAAUAGGAGAAAAAUUAAAUUUUGUCCCAAAAAUGAAUGAUAUAUUCUCUACUUUAAUAGAUACAGAUAAAGAAUUGAUAAGUAAGAAAACAAAGGUAAAUAAUAUUCAAAAGCAGAUUGACUCAUUAAAUAAUAUAUUGAAUGAAUGGCAGAAUAAAUUAAUAAUGCAUAAAGAUCAAAUGGAUACAGAAAUGAACAAACUACAGUUACAUCGUGAAGAAGAUAUUGUCCCUUUACGCAACUUGUGUAACCAACUAUUGAGUGAAAAAAAAGAACAGAAAACUAAAUUUGAUACAAAUCAAGACUACAUCAAUAAGAAAUAUUUGAAAAAGAAUAACUUAGAAGCAGACAUUAAGAAAAAAGAGGAAGAAACUGCAGUUCUUAUUUACAAUUGGGAAAAAAUGUAUAAUAAUGAAAUUGCUAAUGAACUCGAAAUUUGCAAGCAAGAGUAAAAAAGACUCUUAAAAAGAUUUGCAUGACAUUACAAUACUCUUAUAAAG